AUGCCGAAAAAUCCCGAAGCCUGCCAAACCGAAGCCUGCGACCUCCAGUCGUGCCUUGGCAAGAAUACCUACACUCCCGAGAAAUGCGAGCACCACCUCAAACGCCUUUACCUCUGCUGCCAGAAUAUGCAUAAAGAGGGCGGAGACAAGGCCCAGUCAACGGCCUGUCCACAAUCGAACGUGGUGACGCGGUGGCUGAAGGAUCAUCCGUAG